AUGUCGGCCCGCCCACAUGCCAAAGCCGACGUUCUCAGUUGUAGCGACGGCGAGCCCACCACACUAGGCAAUGACAGCGGCGCCCGGCGGAGGGAUUUCUUGCACCUCCUCUCAAACGUGUCCCACGGUUCAAUCUUGGUCACGACAACAGAUAAGGACACUGCACUGGCCCUCGGCAUCAAAUCCAGCGACAUUAUGCCCGUGAGAGCAAUGAGCGCAGGCCCGGCUGUGAAACUGCUUCUGAAGAAACUCGGCGACCAUGACCAGCAUAGCAAGCAGGAUUAUAUGGAGUUGGUAAAAACACUAGAGUACAAUCCGCUCGCAAUCGUGCAAGCGGCAGCGUACAUACGCCGACGCACCCUACCCAUCUCAGUCAACGCCUACCUGCAAGAACUGAAACGGAACAAAACGUCUAUAGGAGCUCUUUUCCAAGAAGAAAGUCAUCAGUUCCGACGAGACUGCAGUGCCUCAGACUACAUCAAAGCCUGUUGGAGGCCCGUCCUCGAGUUCUUGGAGCCGAGCUGUAAGGCCUUAACGUCAGCAGCUGCUCUGCUCUCUUUCAUGGCAUUCUUCGAUCGCGAUCACAUUCCGAAAUCCCUUGCUGAGUCUCGAAGAGGCGAGGCCGACGAGAGCGCCGUGACCAAGUCUGGCCAGGGCUACCAGAGCGACCUCCAAACGGACGAGCCACCGCCACUUGGAGAUGGAGGCAAUCAAUACUCCACCGACGACUCUGAGAGGGACGUGCAGGAUCUGCUUGACGCGGGCCUUAUCGCUAAGAGAGGCCCCGGCGUGUUCUCGAUGCCUCACCUCGUGCAAUUGGCAGUAAGACACUGGCUGAAGGACAACAGACAUUUUGAAUACUUAGAAUCGCAGUUCAUAUGCUGGAUGGGUCGGAAUUUCCCAACGGGGCGCUAUGAGAACUGGGACACGUGCAGACGCCUCUACCCACAUGUCCAAGAGGUGGCCCGGCAGCGCCCUAUGGACCCAGAAUUGCUUGGAAAGCAGGCACAGGAUAAGGCGACGAACUUGGAGUCUCUGGGGAGUCUGGAGAGUCUGAACGAGGCAGCAAAGCAGAUGGAAGAGGUCAAGGAAGAUCGAGACAAAUAUGGCGGGCCUGCAAAUGCCCACCCCGCUGAUAUCAUCGGCUGUGAUGCGAAUCGGGCCACACUCCUCCGACUACGUAACGAUCUGGAGAUUGCUGAGCAGGUAUAUCUGAGCGUCCUGCAACAAGCCAGGGAGACUUCUCUCGACCAAAAUCAUCCAGACAUCCUAGCAAUUGAGUGCGAGCUGGCCACUGUAUAUCGAGAUCAAGGAAGAUUACAGACAGCAGAAGGGCAGUUUUCAAAACUGCUUUCAGUGUGCACCGAAAUACUCGGCGGAGAUCACCCUCUCACCCUUAAUUGUAAGGCAAACCUGGUAACAACAUACUUACACUUGAAGGAGUGCGCACAGGCGGAAGAGCUGGGCGUCGAAGUGGUUAACCUUCGCCAAUCCAGACUCGGCAAAGAACACGCUGACACCCUCAGGAGUGAGUUAAACCUCGCUAGUGCAUACUAUUUGCAGAACAUGUGGGAAGAUGCAAGAAAAUUACAGGUGCACGUGGUGGAAACGUCCAAGCAGAAGUCUAAAAUCAGUGAUCUCAUCGGGGAUAGCAUGGAGGAUCUGGCCAUCACGGAGAACUAUAUGGGCCAUAAGACUAGCGCCAUCCUCCUCUUACAGGACUCUAUCACAGUCCGCUCCAUGCAACCGGGCUCGAGGAAAGAAGACACAAUUUGGGCUCGGAACGUUUUGUCUGAGUGGCACCGUCAGCUACUGGAAUCAGGUCGCCAGCGGGCACAGAGGAAAAGAGCAGGUCAUCCAAGAGGCAGGUCCAGGCGGAUCAGGUUGAAAAAAGAGAAUGAUCCUUCUGUACCAUAG